AUGUUCACCUUCACGCCACUCCUUGGGGCACAGUCCUCGUCGUCGAAAGCGUCUCAGUCGAUUCUCGAGCUUGAAGGUGGAAUUAAGGUUCUUGUCGAUGUUGGGUGGGAUGAGGGUUUCGAUACUUCGGAUCUGGCGGAAUUAGAAAAGCAUAUUCCCACACUCUCUCUGAUUCUUCUAACCCAUGCGACUGUUUCACAUCUGGGGGCUUUUGCGCACUGCUGUAAAACGUUUCCUCUUUUCACGCAGAUCCCAGUCUAUGCUACAGGACCAGUUAUUUCUCUUGGAAGGACGCUUCUCCAGGACUUGUACGCCUCUACGCCACUCGCGGCUACGUUCCUACCUAAAUCCUCAGUAUCUGAGCAUGAUAGAUCGGUAUCAGCCUCACCAGAAGCAGUGUUGGUGGAUGGAAAUGAACAAGGAGGCCAAAUCCUUCUUCAGCCACCGACCUCGGAAGAGAUCGCGCGAUAUUUUUCUCUCAUCCACCCGCUCAAGUAUUCGCAGCCUCACUCGCCACUCUGCUCGCCUUUUUCUCCGCCGCUUGAUGGGUUAAAGUUAACUGCAUACAGCGCCGGGCACACUGUGGGAGGCACAAUAUGGCAUGUUCAGCACGGUAUGGAGUCGAUUGUCUACGCAGUAGAUUGGAAUCAAGCGAGGGAGAAUGUGGUAGCUGGUGCGGCUUGGUUUGGAGGGUCUGGUACGAGCGGGACAGAGGUUAUCGAGCAAUUGCGCAAGCCCACCGCUCUUAUUUGCAGUAGUAAGGGCGGUGACAAAAUUUCACCACCCGGUGGUCGUCAAAAGAGAGAUGCGCUACUUUUCGAUAUGAUUCGUAGCAGUAUUGCCAAGGGUGGCUCUGUAUUGAUCCCAACAGAUACCAGCGCACGGGUUCUAGAGCUGUCAUAUGCCUUGGAACAUGCCUGGCGCGAUGCGGCUGAAUCUGCCGACGGCGAAGACGUGUUAAAAGGGGCCGAACUUUACUUAGCUGGGAAGAAAGCGCAUAGCACAAUGCGACUUGCAAGAAGUAUGUUGGAAUGGAUGGAUGAGAGUAUCGUCAGGGAGUUUGAAGCUGUCGAGGGGGGUGACGCAACAACUAGCAGAGGCCAUGCCAGGACUGACAGCCAGAUGCGGAAUGUCUCUACUGCGCGUGAAAAGCAGACCACCAAAUUGGCGCCAUUUACUUUAAAGCACCUGAAAAUUGUUGAGAAGAGGAAGAAACUGGAGAAGAUCCUCACAGAUAGCUCACCAAAGGUUAUCAUUGCGUCGGAUACUUCGUUAGAUUGGGGUUAUUCAAAGGAGUCUCUUCGCCGCUUGGCGCAGGGAUCGCACAACCUUAUCAUUCUCACCGAGUCACUUCCAAGUAAAUAUUCCAAUGAGGACCCGAAAUUAUCCAAGAAGAUGACGCUUGGUCGCGUUAUAUGGCAAUGGUUUGAGGAGCGUACGGAUGGUGUGGCAAUGGAAACAGCAGCAAAUGGAGAGUUAUUGGAACAAAUCCAUUCAGGGGGGCGAGAACUUCUCGUGACAGACGUGGAACGAGCACCGUUGGACACAAAUGAGGAGUUAUUAUACCAGCAAUAUCUCGCUACGCAAAGGCAAAUCCAAAAUACAUCACAGGCACGGGGGGAGACAAACAUUGACGGCGCUGGAGAUGCUCUUGACGAUGAUGGAACAAGUUCGACUUCGUCCGAAGACUCGGAUUCAGAACAACAAGGUCGAGUUCUCAAUUUUUCCACCUCAUUGGCACACGCAAAUCGAAAUAAGCUCGGUUUGAGAGAUGAGGAUCUAGGUGUUAACAUUCUUCUGCGACGGAAAAACGUUUUCGAUUUUGAUGUUCGUGGAAAAAAGGGGCGUGAGCGAAUGUUCCCGUAUGUCGCUCCCAAAAAACGCGGGGAUGAGUAUGGUGAAUUUAUCCGCCCUGAGGAAUACCUCAGAGCGGAAGAGCGUGAAGAGGCGAAUAUGCAGCAAAACGUAUCAAGAUCACAGAGUGAAGUGAAGCUAGGUCAAAAACGUCGUUGGGACGAAACAGGGCCUAACGGUCGUCGUUUAUCAGGGGGUGUCAGCAAACGUCACGCAGUUCCUUUGAAUGGAGAACUUAGCAGUAACACAGGUGAUCUCAGCUUAUCUGAUGAGAUAGCUGUAGAUGUUGAUGACGCUGAACUGUCUGAGGAUGAGCCUGAAGAUGCGCCGUUCGAAGGCCCAGCGAAGUCCCUUUAUCGCUACUCUAAUAUAACCGUGAACGCUCGCAUUGCGUUUGUUGACUACAUGGGCCUACAUGACAAGCGCAGCCUCGAGAUGUUGAUUCCGCUGAUUCAACCACGCAAGCUCAUUUUGGUCGGCGGCUUGAAAGAAGAAACGUCUAGUCUCGCAGAUGAAUGCCGUAAUUUGCUUGCAGGCAAAAAGGGUGGUGAUUACUCGACCGCCGUUGAUAUCUUUACACCUAUUAACGGAGAAACCAUUGAUGCCAGCGUGGACACGAAUGCUUGGGUGGUAAAGCUCAGCAGAAAUCUAGUCCGGCGCCUCAAAUGGCAACAUGUGCGUAGUCUCGGUGUUGUGGCUAUAACUGCGCAACUAAGACCUCCCGAAACAGUUUCCACCGAGAGCGAACCUGAAGAAUCGGCCAGCAAGAAACAAAAACUUUCGGAAAAUGAACCAGAGACCGUUUCAACGCUGGCAGAGAACACUACAGUCUUAUCCACCGCCAAGCCUGAUAUAUACCCUGUUCUUGACAUUCUUCCUGCCAAUAUCGCGGCCGGCACACGUUCCAUGGCUCGCCCACUGCACGUUGGCGAUCUUCGCCUUGCCGAUUUGCGGAAACUCAUGCAAUCAGCAGGCCAUAAGGCGGAAUUCCGGGGCGAGGGAAUAUUGCUCAUCGACGGAGUCGUCGCUGUUCGGAAAUCGAGCACGGGGGCUAUUGAGGUUGAGGCUGCAGCGCAGUUCUCUGGAUCCGACAGAAGGGGGACAGGGAGCUUCUUGGCUGUGAAGCGAAAGAUUUAUGAAGGCCUUGCAGUUGUGGCAGGAGGCUAG